GUAGAGUUGCAGAGGCCGGAGAGUGGCAGGAGGCGGGCUAGAGCGGCCAGAGGGAGGAGUGGAGCUGGACUCAAAGGUGGCCUCUGGCUCGGCUAGAGCGACUCUGUGGCGCGGGUGGGGGAACCUUGAGCUCAGGCGCGGAGGCUUCGGUUCCGGAGGCUGCAGUCGCUUCUCAUCCCAUCCGACAGCCCUGUGGAGGAGUCCGGGAGAUGGGAGAAGUCGCUGCUGCCGGAGGGGCGGCCCCAGGGCCUCCCCGGCCUGGCGUGAUGCCCGUCAGUAUCAUCGGAGCUGAGGAUGAAGACUUUGAGAAUGAGCUGGAGGCGAACUCAGAAGAUCAAAACAGCCAGUUCCAGAGCCUGGAGCAGGUAAAGCGACGCCCGGCCCAUCUCAUGGCCCUCCUGCAGCAUGUGGCCCUGCAGUUUGAGCCAGGACCCCUGCUCUGCUGCCUGCAUGCGGACAUGCUGAGCUCACUGGGCCCCAAAGAAGCCAAGAAGGCCUUCCUCGACUUCUAUCACAGCUUCCUGGAGAAGACUGCGGUUCUGCGGGUGCCAGUUCCUCCCAACGUCGCUUUUGAACUUGACCGCACGCGGCCUGACCUCAUCUCUGAGGAUGUCCAGAGGCGGUUCAUGCAAGAAGUGGUGCAGAGCCAGCAGGCAGCCGUGAGCCGCCAGCUGGAGGACUUCCGCUCCAAGCGUCUCAUGGGCAUGACGCCCUGGGAACAGGAGCUGAGCCUGCUGGAACCAUGGAUCGGGAAAGACCGCAGCAACUACGAGGCCCGGGAGCGGCACGUCGCAGAGCGGCUACUCUCCCACCUGGAAGAGAUGCAACAUACCAUCUCUACAGAUGAAGAAAAGAGUGCCGCUGUGGUCACUGCCAUCAGCCUGUACAUGCGCCACCUUGGAGUUCGGACCAAGAGUGGGGACAAGAAGUCAGGGAGGAACUUCUUCCGGAAAAAGGUGAUGGGUAAUCGGCGGUCAGAUGAACCCCCCAAGUCAAAGAAAGGGCUGAGCAGUAUCCUAGACCCUGCUCGUUGGAACCGGGGAGAACCACCUGCUCCAGAUUUUCGACAUCUAAAGGUCGAGGUUGAUGGUGAGAAGCCAGGCCCUACAGACCGGAAGGGAGGCCUGGGUAUGCCUUCCCGGGACAGGACUGUUGGGACUCCUGGGCAGGACAACCCAGGAGUCUCUCUGCACCCUCUGUCUGUGGACAGCUCCGACCACCGGGAACCUGGUGGGGAUACCCCCCAGGAACUGGGGGACAUACUCCCACAAGGCCCUACAAGCCUGGAACCCCUGGCAGCCCCAGAGAGCACCGAAGAGAAUGCAGAGACAGAGAGAAGGUGGAAGAGGCUAUCAGGGCGUCUGGGGCGCUCAGAGAGCCUGCGGGUGAGUGACCGCCGCCGGCCUUCCCGGGGCAGCCUCGGGGCUAAGGGCCGGGGUGGGGGCCGCUCCCGGAGCGACGUGGACAUGGACCCCGGCUCCGCCACGGCCGUGCUUGGCCCUACCCGACGAGCCACCCCUGAGCCUGGAGAUGAUGGGGAGCCAGGACGGUCAGGCCUGGAACUGGAACCAGAGGAACCUCCCGGCUGGAGGGAACUUGUGCCCCCAGACACCCUGCUCAGCCUGCCCAAAAGCCAAGUGAAGCGGCAAGAGGUCAUCAGCGAGCUGCUGGUGACCGAGGCAGCUCAUGUGCGCAUGCUGCGGGUGCUCCAUGACCUCUUCUACCAGCCCAUGGCAGACGGGGGCUUCUUCCCUCUGGAGGAACUGCAGAACAUCUUCCCCAGCUUGGAUGAACUCAUUGAGGUGCACUCCCUGUUCCUCGAUCGCUUGAUGAAGCGGAGACAAGAGAGCGGCUACCUCAUCGAGGAGAUUGGCGAUGUGCUGCUGGCCCGGUUCGAUGGUGCUGAGGGCUCGUGGUUCCAGAAGAUCUCCUCCCGCUUCUGCAGUCGCCAGUCAUUCGCCUUAGAGCAGCUCAAAGUCAAGCAGCGCAAGGAGCCUCGGUUCUGUGCCUUUGUGCAGGAAGCUGAGAGCCGCCCUCGGUGCAGACGGCUGCAGUUAAAGGACAUGAUCCCCACUGAGAUGCAGCGGCUGACCAAGUACCCACUGCUGCUGCAGAGCAUCGGGCAGAACACAGAAGAGCCUGCGGAACGGGAGAAAGUGGAGCGUGCAGCGGAUUGCUGCCGGGAGAUUCUGCACCAUGUCAACCAAGCCGUUCGUGACAUGGAGGAUCUGCUGAGACUCAAGGAUUACCAGCGGCGCCUGGACUUGACUCACCUGCGGCAGAGCAGUGACCCCAUGCUGAGCGAGUUCAAGAACCUGGACAUCACUAAGAAGAAGUUGGUCCAUGAAGGUCCACUGACAUGGCGGGUAACCAGAGACAAGGCUAUAGAGGUCCACGUGCUAUUGCUGGACGACCUGCUCCUGCUGCUUCAGCGCCAGGAUGAGAAGCUGCUGCUCAAAUCACACAGCCGGACGCUCACACCCACGCCUGAUGGCAAGACCAUGCUGCGGCCUGUGCUCCGGCUCACCUCUGCCAUGACCCGAGAGGUGGCCACUGAUCACAAAGCUUUCUACGUCAUUUUUACCUGGGACCAGGAGGCCCAAAUAUAUGAGCUGGUGGCACAGACAUCAUCAGAGCGCAAGAACUGGUGUACUCUUAUCACUGAGACUGCCGGAUCCCUAAAGGUCCCUGCCCCUGCCUCCCGCCCCAAGCCCCGGCCCAGCCCUAGCAGCACCCGAGAACCUCUGCUCAGCAGCUCGGAGAAUGGCAUUGGAGGCCGAGAGAUGCCUCCAGCUGAUGCCCGGACAGAGCGCAUUCUCAGCGAUCUCCUGCCCUUCUGCAGACCAGGCCCAGAGGGCCAGCUUGCUGCCACAGCCCUGCAGAAAGAUUUCUUUGUCCACGAAUCAAGAAACUCUGCCCUGCCCACAGCAUCCUGGGUGGCCCACAUUGAUUUUUCUUCUUCAGCUACUCUCCCACCCUGGAUGCUGAUGCUGUCCCUGAAACAGCUCCUGUUGCCUGCCAAGGAAGAUGGUGGACUGGGGCCUCCCCAGGAUGGGGAUGGAGUGCCUGGUGGUGGUCCCCCAGGUCUAGCACAGAUUCAGGAGAACUUGCUCAGCCUAGAGGAGAUUGUCAAGCAGCUGGAGGAGUUAGAGGAAGAAUUUUGUCGCCUGAGACCCCUCCUGUCUCAGCUUAGCGGAACUUUGUCACCUAGCCUGGCUGUACCUGAGCGCUCUGUUCAGACAAGCCUUUCAUGAAGAGAGGAUGUGAGGGUCUCCCACCCCCCUCGGCUGCCACAGCGUCUCACACCCCAGAGGCCUUGAGGAGAGGGAGACUGGCCACACUUGAUAGGGGACCUGCUGGAGUCCCUGCCUCCCACACUGGCCUCUGCCUUUCUCCCUCCUGCCUUCGCUUCAGGGGCUCAGGGCUUUACCCCCAGAGUACCACCAUAAUCCCCAUUUUCCAGGCCAUCUCAGUAUUGCCUAUGGGGGGGUUACCCCUCCAUCCCCCACCCCAAGUGCCUUUGCUCUGUUUUUAUACCCUGAAUGGAGGUUUAUUUUUAAUAUAUAUUAUCUAA